ACAACCUCAAACACAUCUAUUCCCUCUCUCCCUCUCUUUCUCGAACAAUGACAAUCUCACCGUUACUAUUCAUUGGUUUGAUUUGCCUCGCAGGCGGUGGCUCUCUUCUACCGGCGGCGGAAGCGAUAUGGUUAACGGUUCCAAGUUCAGGCGAGAGAUGUGUCUACGAAGAGAUCCAUGCCAAUGUGGUCGUUGUCGUCGAUUACCUUUGCAUCGAUCAAAAUAACAUCGGACUUGGUCCCACAGUUGAUGUCCGGGUAAAUUCAGCUUACGGCAAAGAACUGUACAAGAAAACAAACGAGACGCACGGUCAGUUUGCGUUUACAACGAGCGAGUCCGGAACAUACUUAGCUUGUUUUUUGAUACACCACGAUCAGACACAUUACACAGCCAGCAAUAGCACUGCUAUCGUCAAUAUCGACUGGAAGAUGGGUAUCCAAACCAAAGAUUGGGAUGCUGUUGCUAAGAAAGAAAAGAUCGAGGGUGUGGAACUUGAGCUUCGAAAAUCUUCUGAACGUAUUACUGAAAUUAGGGCAAACAUUCUCUAUCUAAAAUUCAGGGAAUCAGCUAUGAGGGAGGUAAACGAGAAGACUAACAAGAGGGUUGCGCAGCUCAGCUUUGUUUCUUUAGGGCUCUGCCUUAUCGUUUCACUUUUUCAAGUUUGGCAUCUCAAACGCUUCUUCCUCAAGAAGAAGCUUAUCUAACUUCGUUGUGCUAUGUUAUUUUGAAAAAUCUUGUAACCUUGUGCCUUUUCUAGAGGUUCUAUAGUCAGGCUCCAGACCAAAUCAAUAAUGAAACACAUGUUUAAUUUUUAUCAGGAUAUUAUUUGUUAUCAUUGA